AAUCGGCGCCGCCCGCUGGCUGCGGACGCAGCUAAGCGGGUGUUCCCCAUCUGUUCCUUGGGGCUUUCUGAAGGAAGGAGGGCGACAGCGUGCAGCCGCGCUGCGCUCCGUUGCGUGUGUGUUCCCCACUUAGGGCCUGCCCCUCCCCCGCCGCCAGAAGCCCUGUGUGGGCUGGGCGCACCGCCCCCCCCACGUUAGCUCCCGGGGGCGCGCGGACGGUUUAGCCUCCCCGGCCCGGUCCCCGGCCCCGGCCCUGUCGCCCCGCCAUCGGAGCGGUGACCGCCCGGUCCGCCGUUCUUCCGCUGCCACCGCUGCCGGCACCAUGGGCAGUGAGCAGAGCUCCGAGGUCGAGAGCCGACCCAACGAUCUGAACUCCUCAGUGACUCCUUCCCCAGCUAAGCAUAGAGCCAAGAUGGAUGAUAUUGUGGUUGUAGCUCAGGGCUCUCAAGCCUCACGGAAUGUCAGCAAUGAUCCAGAUGUCAUCAAGUUGCAAGAGAUCCCAACCUUCCAGCCCCUUUUGAAAGGGCUGUUGAGUGGCCAGACUUCCCCAACAAAUGCCAAAUUGGAGAAACUGGAUUCUCAGCAGGUGCUGCAGCUCUGUCUCCGGUACCAGGAUCACCUACACCAGUGUGCGGAGGCUGUUGCUUUUGAUCAGAAUGCUUUGGUUAAACGAAUCAAGGAGAGUCCUCAGGGACCCGGGCUCCUAACUCACUGCACUGCCAGCCCAAGGUCUACAGAGACCGUAUCCACAUUCCAGCAGCGGCAUGCUGGAGGAAGGGACCAAGAGGACAAGCAGCGCAGAACGUGUGCCAGCCAGCUCUGCAGGAGGGCGCCAGAAGCUGCCAUGGAUCUGUCUGUAGAAACCCUCUUUAGCUUCAUGCAGGAGCGCCAGAAAAGGUACGCCAAAUACGCAGAGCAGAUCCAGAAAGUCAAUGAGAUGUCAGCCAUCUUGCGCCGCAUCCAGAUGGGCAUCGACCAGACGGUGCCGCUGAUGGAGCGGCUCAACAGCCUGCUGCCCGAGGCCGAGCGCCUCGAGCCCUUCAGCAUGAAGCCCGAGCGCGAGCUCCGGCUGUAGCGCCAGCCGCACUGCCCUGCUGAGGCCGAGGCGCUGGCGUGGAGGGCGCCAAGCCGACCCGGAGUCAGAGUGCGCCCGAAGCUGGCAGAGGAGCGGGCCCUCCCUGCAGGCCCAGAAGCCGCAGCCACAUAGGCGCCUGGCUCUGCUGCCUCCCUGCGCCCGGACCAUGGGCACAGCGAGCCGAACUAGUCUCGUCGAUGACCGCAACUGGACCUCGGAACCCUGCAUGGACAGUUUUCUUUAUUUUGCUCAUGUGUUUUUAAUUGAGUGUGUGUAUCGUCUUAGGGGCGAGAGUGAAAUGUGGACAAAAGGGAGAAAAUUUUAAUAGCUGUGUGUCCUGGUGCUCUUGUGAAAGUUUACUCAGGCCCCCUGGGUUAUGAGUUGUAAACAUAAAAAACUAACAUAACCCA